UACUAUAACUAUGAUGACUAUUAUAAUACCAGUUGACAAAAAUAAUGACAUUAUUAAUUCUAUUGACUCAAAAAUUAAAGUUAGUUUUAUUUAUCUAUGUGCAAUGGUAAAAGAUUAUUUAUCACAUUCAGUAAUUAAACGUUUGAGAGAUGUUACUAAUACAUGUAAAUAUAUUAAUUACCAUAUCAGAAAAGAACUCAUAAAUCACAAGUACUCUGAUAAAAAUGGUACUUUUAAUAAACUCAAGGAAUAUAUUCUGUUUGGUGAUGAAAAUAAAGAUAAAUCAUGUAUAUCUAAAAUGGAAUACAUAGACGACUUAUCAUUCAAUAAAAUGAAUGAUCUGUACGGCCUUUAUGAUGCUUAUGAUGCUUUUUGUGACGAAAGGAAUAGGGGUGUUCUAAAUAAUUGUAGUACACUUAGUGAGUUAAUUGAUGAUUAUAAUGAUAUUAUAAAUGAAAAUAAAUAUGAGAAUAGCAUUUAUUUAUAUAAGGAAUUAAAAAAUAUUAAAUGUUUAAUUGAAAAGCUAGAAUUAAUGAAACUAGGGAAAUGCAGGGAUUUACCAAUUUUGUUAUCACUGAAAACAGAUUUAAGAGAAGAUGCAGUACAUUGCAUUUAUCAAGAAAAACCAGUGACGUUAUCACAACAAGAUUCAGGAUUCCAACAAGUAGUGGGCAAUCAAGAAAGGGGAGCAGAAAUAGUUACAAUAGAUACCAACAUGUCACUUGCCGGCAUAACAUUACCUCUUUCUAUUGUAAUGACAGGGAUGUUUUGCUUAUUACUUUAUAAGGUUAAUAAUAAUUCUAUUUA